AUGAAAUUGUUUGAUUCAUUUUUUAAACAUGCUUUGAUAAGAAUAAAUAAAAGGAAUAUAAUAUAUUUGAAUGCCACUAGGUACUAUUGUAAUAACAUAAAUUAUAAUGCUUUGAUAAAUUUGUUAAAUAAGAAAAAUGAUAUAAAUAAAGAAAUAAAUGCCUUAUAUUCUUUAUUAGAAAGACUGUCAAAUUAUAAGUACAAACAAUAUAAAGAUAAGUUGACUCUGAAAAAUAAUAUAAACGAUGAAAUUAAAAUAACAAAUGCUGAUAAAAUUAAUAAUAUAAAUAUUGAAAGGGAUAUGAAUAUUUCUCAUUUGGAUCAUCAUCAUAAUAAUCAUCAUCAUAAUAAUAAUCAUCAUAAUAUUAAUCAUAAUAAUCAUCAUCAUAAUAAUCAUCAUAAUAUUAAUCAUCAUAAUAAUCAUCAUAAUAAUCAUCAUAAUAAUAAUCAUUUUAAUGAUUAUAAAAAACUAAUUGAUAAUUGGAAAAAUGAUAAAAUAAAAAUAUUUAUAAGCUGGUGUCCCGAAAUUGUUGAAGAUAAAUAUAAGUCCAAAUGUUUCUCUAUACCAACUUAUAUCACAUUUCAUAUUGUUAUAACUAAUAAUGAUAUUAAGUUGAAUAACCUUUUGCAUAAUUCUCAUGAAUAUGAUGAUUGGAACUUUAAUAAAAUAAUACAAACAAUAAAUAAUCAAAACAAUUUAAAAGAUAAAGAAAAGGAAAAAGAAAAUGGACAACAACAUUCACAAGAAUAUAUUGGAAAUUGUAAAAAGGGAGAAUCUGAAAUACCAUCAUAUGAUUUCAAAGAAUCUUUAUUAGAACACAUAAAUGAAUCUUCACAAUUAAAUCAUUCCAUAUUAUCGCACAAAACAAAAGAACAAACCCAUCAUACUAAUAAUAAUAUAAAUGGUAAUUAUAAUAAUGAUGAACAUAUUGAAGAAGAGGGAAAGGCAAAAACAAAACAAAACAAAACAAAAAAUAGCAUAAUAGAGGAAAAAAAAAAAAAGACAAAAAAAAAAAAAGAUGAAGAAUCUCAUAAUGAUAUAAUAAAUUAUACUAUAAAGAAAAAAACAAAUACAAAUAAUUCAUUAUAUAAUAUAGAAUCAAUCUUAAAUAUACCAAAAACUUAUGAACCUAAUAUACAUUAUGAUAAAUGUAUACAUAAAGAACAAAAUCAUAUUUUUUUCUUUUCCUUUAAUAUAUCCGAAUUAAUAAUUAAUGAUCAAGUAAAAACAAAAUUGAAUGAAUGUAUUCAACAAAAUUUUAUAAAACAAAAUAUAUCAAAUAUACAUAUGGAUGAUCUUUUUUUAUAUGUUGUAUAUGAUUAUAAAAAUUUAAUACAUAUAUUUAAUAAUAUUAAUUUAAAAUUAAUAAAUAUUAAUAAUAUAUUUGAUAUAUAUAUUAUUAGUUCACUAAUACAAUUAGUUCAAAGAGGGGAAAAAUUACAAAAUGUGUAUAAUGAAUAUUUAAAUGUUAAACAUAAAAUUCUUAUACCUAAUAAAAUUAAUGAUAUACAAAAUUUAAGUCUUCAUAAUUUUUCGUAUUUUUCAAAGUUUGCUCCUGAAUUUAGCGAUGUCAUAUCAGCAAAGUUUGGGUUAUAUGGUUGGGGAAAAUAUCAAAAGAAAAAAGAUAAGAAAAAUAAAAAACAAACUGAAAAUCAUGAAAAUAAUGAAAAUUAUGAAAAUAAUGAAUACGGUAAAAAUAAUGAAUAUGGUAAAAAUAAUGAAUAUGGUAAAAAUAAUGAAUAUGGUAAAAAUAAUGAAUAUGGUAAAAAUAAUGAAUAUGGUAAAAAUAAUGAAUAUGGUAAAAAUAAUGAAUAUGGUAAAAAUAAUGUACACAAUGACGAUACAUAUAUGGACAUAUCAAAUGAGAGAAAGAAUAAGAAGAGUAAAGAAGUCAAAAACAAAAAAAAGAUGGAGAAAAAAAACAAAGUAGAAAAAGAAAAACAAAAUUAUUUAAGUUUUACUCCUCAUAAUAUAAAUAAUCUUCAAGAUAUUAAAAAACUUGUAUUUGGGAAUAAAAGAAAUAUAUCAGAUAUUACAGAAGAAGAUAAUAUAUGUUAUAGUAUAUCACGAAAUUGUUGUUUAAUUUUACUAUUUGAAUAUUUCAUAAAUAAAUUAGAACAUAAUAUCAACAUACUAAAUUUAUACAUCAAAGUUGAACAACCAUUAAUAUUAUGUAUAAGUCAUAUAGAGGAAAAAGGAAUCUUCUUGAAUCAAAAUAAAAUUGAAGAAAUACAAAAAAAAUCAGAUGACCCUUUAAUAUAUAAAAAUGAAAUUGAAGAAUUAUGUAAAUGUAAUAUUAAUUUGAAUUCAUCCAAGCAAGUCUCUUCAUUGAUAUAUAAACAAUUAUUAGACAUAUCCAUUAGCACAGAUCACACGGAAGAAAAUAUGGAAGAUGCAGAUGAACAUACAGAUCACCAGGAAGAAGAACAUGUAAAUGAUGAUAAUAAUGAAUGUGUAGAUCAAUUAAAAGCAUAUACUCAAACAAAGGAAAAAGAAAGAAAAGACAUAUAUAAUAAUAAUAAUAAUGAAAAUAAUAAAAAUAAUAAUGAAAAUUAUAAUUCAAGUAAAAAUCAUCCUUUAAUAACAAAUACUAAUAACGAUGAUACAUCUACACUUAAUGCACAAGAUACAUCUGACCAACAUGAUAAUUAUAUAAAUGAACAUAAUAAUUAUAAUAAAUUUAUAAAAAAUAACCCUUUUUACUAUAAUAAUAAUAAUAAUAAUAAUAAUAAUAAUAAUAAUAAUAAUGAUAAUAAUAAUAAUAUUUCUAAUCGUAAUCUUAUGAACAAUCUUGUAAACAUUAAUUACACUUCAUUAUAUAAUAAAAAGAAAAAUAGUCAUCCAUAUGAUGAAAAUAAUAAGUUGUUUUUCCUCAACAGCAGCCAUAAUAAUUAUAAUAAUAAUAAUAAUAAUAUUAACGAAAUGAGCAGAAACAAAAAUCUACAAACCAAUAAUAAGUCAUUAAAAAUUCUUGUCGAUGAAAUUGAAAAAAGUAAUUAUAUAAAAGAAAAGGAAAAAGAAAAAUUAAAAAAAAUUAUUAGAAAUAUUAAAUUAUAUAGAGAAUCUAAAAAAUUAGUACAAAAUUAUAUAGAAAAUCUCCCUAAAUAUAUACAAAAAAAUACAAAUAAAAUACAUUGUAAUUUUAAUCAAAUUGGAGCAUCAACAGGAAGAUUAUCUUGUGAUCAACCAAAUUUGCAAAAUAUACAUUCACGAUUUCGUUGUGCUAUAUCGUUAAAAGGUAAGGAAGAAAAUGACACACAUGAUAAUAAUAAUAAUAAUAAUAAUAUACCACAGAUUCAUAUAUCAACUAAUAAUGUAUCAACCAAUAAUGUACCCAUGAAUAUCAUGUCAUCUACAUAUCCUUUAUAUACCAUGAAUAAAAAAAAUUUAAUCACCUUCGAUUAUAAACAAAUGGAAUUAUUUGUCAUGGCAUAUCUCAGUUUUGAUGAACAAUUAUUGAAAUUAUUAAAUUAUAGUGAUGUAUUUAUCGAAACAGCCAAAGUAUUAUUUAAUACAAAUGAUGUUACCAAUGAAUUAAGAAGAAUGACCAAAACUGUUAUAUAUGGUAUAUUAUAUGGACAAACUGAAAAUGGACUAGCCAAAAGUUUAUUAAUUAGCGAUACUUUGGCUAGUAACCUAAUAGAAAACUUUUUUCAAUUUUUUCCAAACGUAUAUCGAUUUAUGCAAAUGCAGAAAUUUUUAGUCAAACAUAUGAAUUGUGUUUAUACACUUAUAGGAAGGAAAAGAAUAAUAUUACCAAACAUUAAAAAUAAAUAUAGGAUAAGUAUGAAUACACCUAUACAAGGAUGUGCAGCAGAUAUUAUGAAAUUUUCUCUCUUGUCAUGUUUUAGUGUUCUUAAUAAUAAUAUAUAUAAUAACAAUAAAUUAUUAAAAAUGAAUAAUAUAAAUCCUUUAAUCAUACAUAAAAAUCAAGCCUUUUUAAAUCCAACUAAUUUAAUUUUGCAAGUACAUGAUGAAUUAUUAUUAGAAAGUGAACAUGAUGCUACCAAAUAUAUAAUACAACUACUAAAUCCUAUAUUAGAAAAUGCUUUUUAUAAUUUAAUUUAUUAUACGAACUCUAUAGAUAGACUUAAACUAUUAUAUGAUUAUAUGCAUGAUAAUAUUUCUAUCAAAACAUAUAUAGAUAUUUUACAAGAUAUAAAUAACAAACAAUAUAAUGAUGUAAAAUUAUACAAUGGUGUAUAUAAUACAAAUGUAUCAGAAGAAUCACACAUAUAUAAUAUAUCAAAUAAUGUGGAUCAUAUAUUUCAAAAAUUUAAUUUUAAGUUGCCUAUUAAAGUUGAAUCAGGCGGAGUCUACAAGGAGUCUUCAUAA